ACGCCGCUCGAGGGUUUCCUGGGAUUAUCAAAAUUUGUGAUUUUUUUUUUCCCCGAAAAAAUCAACAACGCGGACGACGAUGAUAGAUUGGAUUAUCGUUAUUCGUUCGGCCGUCAACGUUUUUGCUUGCGAUGCAAGCCCUUCUACAGCUGAUCAUGACGUGUUGACCGCGGUUGUUUGUGCAGUUCCCCUACGGGAAUACCGAACAAUGUACGCGUCGUGACCGGUAAUUCAAGUGAACCCAACACGUCGGCCAAGUCGAAAGUCGACACAGCCGGCACACCGUCGUCAUUAUGGGCGAGAGGAGGUUUACCAAAGGUUUGGGUCGACCCGGAAUGGCCGCUCAACUACGGGAAACCGUCAGCCAGGUGGUCCGAGAAAGUUCCAACCACUUAAAAUGUUUCCAAGUCGACCCAAUAGAAUUUGAAGAUUAUUGUGCCAAAAACCAAACGGUAUUCCAGAAUGAUCCUCAGAGAGAAUUAUUGAUCUAUCCUUCCGAUGACAUAUCGCAAGUAGUGUUACCAAGGCGUUAUCGAACAUUAGAUUCGGGAAUACCAGAAGAAACUACAACGGAAUGCUCGUUGUUCACAAAACGAUGUAUUCAAAGCUAUUCUUCAAACUGGCAUGUCAUACAUUACAAGUACAGCGCUUACUCAGAAUCUUAUUUUCAACUGCCAUCAGAAGUUGACAAAAAUCAAGAUGCAAAAGAUGAGUCCUAUGAAGUGGACUCUGAGCUAGAAGAUAUAGAUAGCAAGGACUGGAAGGAUGUGAACAAUGAUAGCACACUUUUCAAACAAGGAUAUCUGUACAAAGGACCCGAUGGUGGCGGCGGUGCAUCAGAACGAAUGUUUGCCAAUUUGGCGGGCUCAAAGUCUUUCAAGAGACGUUUCUGUAUUUUAAAAAAACAAGUUGACAGUACAUAUAUUUUAGAAGUGUAUAAAGAUGAUAAAAAAGGAGACGCCAAGGCGACGAUUGUCAUGGAUUUGUGUGAUAAAGUGAUACGAAACAGUAAAAAAGGCCGGUUUUGUUUGGAACUACGAAUGGUCGAUACUGACAAAAGCUACUGUUUGGCGACUGAUUCUGAAGCAGAGCUCAUGGAUUGGAUGAACAAAUUGCAGAUGGCAUUAAAACUCAGCAAACGAGAAGAAAAGAUAUUGGAAAAUAAAGAAAAUGCAACUACAAGACCAUUGUCAUUGUCUAUUGAUAGCUUUGGAACAUUAAAAGGUUUGGAGCAUAAUCCUCAGUUGAUGAAAUAUGCUAGAGAGACUUAUUCUACAUUGUCUCAUGCGCGGCAGGAAAACAGACGUAGAAUUUUUGCCGUUUGUCCUUUUAUGCAUCAGCCAAACAAUUAUAAUAAACUGAACAUUUUGAAUCAACCUUCAGAUAGUGUAUCUGAACCGUACAAAGAACGAUUCGGUCAAAGAAUAUCGAUUGAAUGCCAGUCUUUGAAUUUUCGCCUGCGUAAUGAAGAUUGUGAUGAAAAUCAAGUAGAACCGUAUUUUACAACUUUAGCGUUGUUUGAUAUCCGUACUGCUCAAAAAAUAUCCGAAGAUUUUCAUUUUGAUAUAAAUACUUCAACCAUGAAGAAUUUACUGAAUGAGAAUGAUGUACACCACGGAGACAUUGAAGUAGCCAAAAAUUGUGUUGUCACGAGACAGUGGCUGUAUAAGCAAAAACAAGCAAUAAUGUGUGUAUCAAAACCUCAUUCCGACGUGUUCUUGGUCUUGAGAGUAGACAAAGUACUUCAAGGAAGUAUUGUUCGUGCGUCCGAACCGUAUAUCAAAGCGACAACAAAUGGCGCCAAAGUUUAUAAAAACGUUAAGACUGAUUGCAAUAGACUGGGAAAUUAUCAUAUGCCAUUCGCUUGGGGCGCUCGACCGUUGUAUAGACUUUACAGCUGUGAAUUAGAUACUUCUACCGAUUACAUGACUUUAUACAGACAAGACCCGUCAAAACUCGGCGAUGAAGAUAUGAUUAAAAUAUUAUUGGAUUAUCGCAAGCCGGAGAAAAUGAGUAAAUUUGUCGUUAUUCCUGGUCAUUUCCAACUGAAAAUAGAAUUACUAUCAAACACGCCGGAGAACUCGUUUACUACUUCCUUGACACCGGUGAAACCAUUUCCGUUACCGCCCAAUAGGGAUUCCCCUGUCAUGGAAAUAACAGAACUCAGUCCUGAUCCGCAUCCACUGACUACGUACAUAAAUCAUUUGUACGUGUACCCGCUAUCGUUGGCGUUUGACUCUCAAAAGCAUUUCCCCCGAGCUCGCAACAUAACGUGUACAGUACAAAUGUUUGAUUGUGACGAUGCCGACUCUAAACCAAUUAAAUGUGUAUACGGUACUACUAGUGGUCAGCUAUUGGACUUUGCAUGCACUAGCGUAUUGUACCAUAACACUAACCCUUUUUGGUAUAACGAGAUCAAAGUUAGACUGCCAGUACACAUAACGACCAAGCAUCAUUUGUUGUUCACUUUUAAGCACAUAUCCAUUGACCGUUCCCGAAAGAAACAGGCUGCGAGCACUGUUGAAACAAUUGUUGGAUACACAUGGUUCCCACUGAUCUCUAAAUCUAGACUAAAUGUGGAUAUUAAGUCGUUACCCAUAUCUGUUAAUUUACCUGCUGGAUAUCUGUCCGUACAACCAUUUGGACUUGGAAAAGGAUACUGCGGUCCUGAAAUUUUUUGGUUGGAUGGACAGAAAUCGUUGUUCUCAUUCAGGUGUCACUUAUUGUCGAGUGUUUAUUCAUCAGAUAGCCAUUUACAGAAUCUCUUUGCGCACUCCGAGCGGUUGGAAAACAGUAAAACCACAAGUAUUGUACCUCCAGAGACAGAGACAUGUAAAAUAUUAAAAGCGUCACAUGCAAUCCAUUUGACAUCUGUUAUAAAUUUUCUGCCAACUCUAUUGAAUCAAUUGUUCAGCUUGUUGGCAGUCACCGCGUGCAAAGAUAUCGCUGUCAACAUAAUAAGACUUUUGGUUCAUUUAGUAGAUUCAGUUCGAGAAUCUGGUCAAUGCGACGCACUAAACAUCUACAUUAAGUAUGUUUUUACCGCUCCUGCAACAAAUGUGGCCACCAAUACUGUUCACGAUCAACUCCUGGCGCAUCUGCCCGGCCUUUUAAAUCCGGACAACACAGACUUCUUGCUCAUAAAUAAGUUCUUAGUUAAUUCAAAUUUUUUCUUUCAAAUCAUCAUCAAAAGCAUGGGACAAUACUUAUUGGCGUCGACCAGAAUAAAGAUGCGACGAAAUGAACGGUUCUCGGCUGAAUACCAGGAUCGAGUCCAGCACAUGAUCAUCGACGUGCUGCUGCCAUACGUGAUGAACAAGCACAAGGAGAUGGGCUCGCAGGUGUCAAAGCUAAACGCGGCGUCUGCGCAUUUCUUGAAAAAAUGUUUGACCUAUAUGGACCGCGGGUUUGUGCUGCGGCUGAUCAACUUGUACGUGAGCAGCCUGUCGGCGUGCGACUCAACGUUUGCCAGGAACGCCAAGUUGCUGUUCAUGAGAGUCAUCCUGUCGCACGAGCACUACGUGUCGUUCAACCUGCCCGUCCAGAACGGCCAGACACCCCAGGGAUGGCCGCCUCAUGCUCAGUUCUUCAUGUCCGAGGAGUACUGCCGGCACCACUUCCUAGCCGCCAUCCUUCUGCGUGAAAUCGUCAACUCGUUGUGUUCGCCUCACGAAUACCGGCAUUCGGCCAUUUCUUGUCUGCGCGACUUGCUCGCCAAACAUGAGCUCGACGAUCGUUAUCAGUCUAAGGGACAAAUGGCCAGGAUAGCUUCAUUGUACUUGCCUUGGCUAGGCAUAGUCUUGGAAAACGUGAGCCGCUUAGACUAUAAAAAACGGGCAGUAGCCAAUAGAUCAAUCUCGCACCAUCCCAAUUUGGGUCUAACGAGGCCCAGCACUCUGGUGUCCGACUCCACACCGCGCAUGUCCAUCAAUUUGAGAGACUCCACUUAUUUUGCUGCAAUCGCUAGUCACCUGACACCGUCCAAAAAAUUGAUCAAUCAAGAACCGUCAGAUGAGAACAAAACCGAAUCCACCUUGAGCAUCAACUCUAAUAACUCCAACUCGUCGUCUUUGGACCAGACAACUUCUUCGUCGGUGUUCUCCCACGAGACGGCAAUCAGAAAGAAUUCAAACUUGUCAGAUGCUAACUUGGGCGGCGCCUCUAACCGUCACUCCAGAUCUGUUAGUGGUACUCAGACCUUUAAUGUGCCGAUGGACGUGGCCAGUAAGUUUGAACCGACCGAAGUCAAGGACAUGCUCUUGUGUUUCCUGUUCAUCUUGAAAUACUUAUCCAAGGACCAGCUGGUGUCUUGGUGGCGUUACUGUACGGAGCAAGACACGGUGGCGUUUUUCAAAAUUAUUGUAUUGAGCCUACAAGAGUUUCGAUAUGCCGGUCGUCGACAACUAGCCGCUGAAAUAGCCUCGGCAAAUAUCCGGUGCAACGACAUUAGUCAGUCUGUCGCUGGUGUCACAACGAAAAAGGCCAUGACUCUGCCUGCAAGAAUGCAACCACCGUCCGAGUUUAACGGCAAAACUACCCUCCUACAACAACAGCAGCAGCAACUCCAUCAGACACCGUCCCAUGUGGCUACACAGAAUGUCUUGAUAGGUAACAGCGGCACUGGGAGUAUAGGACGUGUAGAAAAAAAGGACAACAAUUACACGAGUGAAGACGAUUUGGCAUCUCGAGCCAGGGCUGAAGCUAACCUGGCAGCCGAAGUGGCGUUGAUAUCGCUGGACGCCCUGGCGUCUUAUUGCAUGCAUUUCAAGGAUACACUGAUGGCCUACAAUGGAGACAACGAUGUCAUGGAAAGCGUUUUUUCUGUUCACAUAGCCUUCUUGAGCAUUCCUCAGUCUACGUCUGUCAGCGGUCAUAUGUUUGCUGUUCUCCGAUCGUUCAUCAACAACUAUUCAUGUAUAUUAUUCAAAGGUACCGCUCUAUUGGUCGGCAAACUCUGCUCUCAGCUGUUAAGCGGUUGUAACAGCCGGUCGACCGUAGUCCGCCAAGAGUCUUGCGCUGCGCUGUACUUGUUGAUGCGAAGCAACUUUGAACUGGCGUCGUCCAACAUCACACGCGUUCAUCUGCAAACCGUCAUAUCGGUGUCACAACUUUUGGGUGACAUGACAGUCGAGGGUCUCAACAACACUCGUUUCCAAGAGAGUCUGUCGUUGAUCAACAGCUACGCAAACAGCGAUAAAGCCAUGAAGAACACCAGUUUUCCUGUUCAAGUGAAAGAUCUGACUAGGCGCGUGAGGACCGUGUUAAUGGCCACCGCACGCAUGAAAGACAUACACCACGAUCCCGAAAUGCUGGCAGACCUUCAGCACAGCUUAGCCAAUUCGUACGCUUCGACGCCAGAAUUGCGUUUGACCUGGCUACAGACGAUGGCUCGCAAUCACGAAGACAACGGUGAUUUCUCGGAGGCCGCUUGUUGUCGACUGCACAUAGCAGCGCUAGUCGCCCAGUACAGGAAAUUGAAAUGCGCUCAAGACUGGGGCGCAGAAGCGUUUGCAAACAUAUCGGCAAACAUUGCGCGAGACGAAAUGGGCUUGCAACUGGAUUCCGGCGGUAGUGCCGGAUCCGACGAUACGUUAUACGGAGAAAAAGCCCUGCUCGAGCGGUUGGAAGCGUGUGUACCAUGUUUACGCCGAGCUGAGCUGUAUGAGUGUUUCGGUGAACUGUACAGUCUCAUCAUUCCUAUGUAUGAGAAACAAAAGGAUUAUCGCGCAUUAGCCGACUGUUACAGAUCCGUUAGCCACGCCUAUGACGCAGCAGUAACGGCCCGACAGUCUGGUCGCAGAAUGCUGGGUCGUUAUUACAGGGUCACAUUGUUCGGCCAAGCAUAUUUUGGUGACCAACACGGGGUCGAAUAUGUAUACAAAGAACCAAAAAUCACACCGCUAUCAGAUGUAUCGGAACGAUUGCUCUGCCAGUACGGUAACAAGUUUGGUCGUGAGAAUGUACGAAUAAUUAUGGACUCGAAUAUGAUUGAUGUUUCCGAAUUGGACGUUAAGUUGGCCUACAUACAAAUCACUCAUGUCGUACCGUGUGACGGUGAAAAUUGGCUGCAGAUGGAUAACGAAUAUAUAUCGGAGUUCGAACGCAAUCAUAAUAUUAACAGUUUCAUGUUUGAAACACCGUUUACCCGAGGAAGCAGCGGACAGUCGCAGAGUGGCCCACGAGACCAAUGGAAACGACAAACAAUUAUCAAGACUGAAUACACUUUCCCUUAUGUCAUAAAACGAUUGCGCGUAUGUAGUAGACGAGAAACAGAACAAGGGCCGAUCCAAGUGGCCAUCGAUGAAAUGCGGCAGCGUGUUCACGAAUUAAAACAAGUUGUAUCGACACAACCGACCGAUAUAAAGAAACUACAACUACGAUUACAAGGCAGUGUUUGCGUUCAGGUGAACGCCGGACCAUUAGCCUACGCCAGAGCGUUUUUGGAACCGCUAAUCGUACACGAAAUGUGUCAAGAUAAAGUUCGAGAACUCAAAGAAACGUUUCGGGAGUUUAUACGUGUGUGCUUUGACGCGUUGAAACUCAACAGAGUAGUGGUGAUGUCGGAUCAAGCCGAAUACCAAGACGCGUUGCAAGAAAACUUUUUGAAAAUGUGUCGCGAACUCUCGGAAUGCAUCGAGGACGAUACAUUAUUGCAAGACGUAAUACAAACGUGCAUGUCUCCGAGCAACGAUAGCCGGACAUUGUUUACAGCCAUUAGCGGAGCCAGUCAAGACUCGUCGACUGCCUGACAGCCAUAAAAGCCAUAUUAGUUUUACUUUUUAUAUUACUAUAACAUAAGCAGUCGGUAUAACGAAUGAAUCGUUUGUCUCGUAUUUAUGUAUAGUUAUUUCAUCGCAAUCAAACAAUUGUGUUAAGAUAGACAUCGUAUUAGAUCAAUUGUUAUUAUUUUUUUUUUCUUUGUGAAUUUAUUCAAAGUGAUAGUAAAUUAUUAUCCAUUGUAAAAAAAAAAACUCAUAACGUAUAUUGUAAGAUAAUAUUUUUUAUACAAUUUUUAUUUAUUCACGUUACGUAUAAAUUAUUAUAUUAUGACUAUUAUUAAUAUAUAAAUAUUAUUAUUAUUAUUAUUAAAAGAGCAAGUGUAAAAAACAAACAGGUUAAACAAUAGGCAAUGCAUUUGAUAGUUAUACAUUUAGUUUACUUAUUAUUACAUCAUUAGUCAUUUUGUUUUAUAAAACUUAAAGGUUUUGCCAAAAUUGUUAUCAGUUUGAUAUUUAUUAUUUUCUAAUAUUUUUAUAUUAUUUGUGUUAUUUUGUUUUUAUAUAUUAUCUUCUGAAAUCAAUUCGUUGUGUUGAAUGAGUGCACACCUUGAACUAAAAAGAAAUCUUAAGCAAACUACUUUUUUUUUUCUUCAGAACAUUUAUUUAAUUAUUAUAUUACAUGUAAUUUUUAUUUUUAUACUGUGCAAUUUGAUGUUAAUUAUUAUACCCGAGUAGGAUGAUCUAUAAAGUGAUUGUAAAAACAACAAC